AUGCAGCGCCAGCCAGCUUCGCCGUCGUGGGCGGGCCCCGAACAUAUUCUAGGCUUGCCUCGGCACAGCUCGGCCCCGCUGACGUCCGCACCACAGCGGCCGUCGGCGGUACCCACGCCUGCCGAGGCCCCAAAGCUGCUGCGCUACCAGUGUUCGCGCUGCCUCAAAGUAUUCACGCGUUCCAGCGCGCUACAGUCGCAUAUUUUAGUACACACGGGCGAUCGGCCGUUUGUGUGCCCGCAUUCCAGCUGCUCCAAGUCUUUUAACGUCAAGAGUAAUAUGAACCGCCACUUCAAGACCCACAAGCAGCUUGGCCUGCGUCGUGGUUCGACGUGA